UCCAAUAGCACCAACUGUUUGGUGAUAGCAGCGCCAGUGAGGGGAGGCAGGGACAGGGAAAGGGGCUUUUCUAUGGCCACCUUGGAAAGCCAUGCAAGAUCCCUGGCUCAACCAGAAAAAGAAGACAUCCAAAAACUGUUCAACUAAAUAAUCGCAUAUUAGUAGGGAAAACAACCGUAACAAAUCUUACUCAGUCAGCACAGAGCCUUUAUGAGGUUCAUGACUCUGAAAUCGAACAGCGAUCAAUAGAAGAAGAGUACUGAAAUAAUCCAAGGGAAUAAGAGAUAAUUAAGUAGACUAAAAUGCGCGUUUGAAACAAAUUGAUUUGAAGUGUCUAUAGAGUGCACCGCUACAUGAAAAAUACCCCAAAAAUAUUCAAGAACAAUACAAAGAACAUUCUAAGCACAGUGCCAAGGAUCUCUUCAAUCGUUUUUGAUGACAGGUGAAGGCGGAUCCAUUCUGACAGAAAAUAUUUGAUCUUUACCAAGAUUUUCAAAAAGUCAUUGAUUUGACUCCGCCUUUAAAACUACAUUUUUUUUGGUCUGCAGUCACAGAAGGGAAGGUAUGAGUGGAGGUCGUUUUGAAUUUGAUGAUGGUGGAGCUUAUUGUGGUGGUUGGGAAGGUGGCAAAGCCCAUGGGCAUGGGAUCUGCACCGGACCUAAAGGACAAGGCGAGUUCUCCGGCUCCUGGAAUUACGGGUUUGAGGUGGUUGGAGUCUACACCUGGCCAAGCGGAAACGCCUAUGAAGGUUUCUGGUCGCAAGGGAAGCGCCAUGGUCUUGGAGUUGAGAGUAAAGGACAUUGGGUUUACAAGGGAGAAUGGACUCAUGGCUUCAAGGGGAGAUAUGGCUUGAGGCUGAGUGUUGGUAGUGGGGCGAAGUAUGAAGGAACGUGGAAUAACGGAUUGCAAGAUGGAUAUGGCACAGAGACCUAUGCUGAUGGUGGCACAUUUCAGGGCCAAUUUACUGGCGGCAUGCGACACGGGUACGGAGUACGCCAGAGCGUGCCUUACGGCAUGGCGGCGGUGGUUCGCUCCCCUCUCCGCACUUCCCUCACAUCCCUCCGCAGUGAGCAAAGUAAUGGCACCCUGCUUCAGCAGGACGUCCCCGUCAUCAUCGCCACCAACGCCGCCGGCCAGGAGGCCCGAGUCACCACACCCACCCAGCUGGGACCCUCCCGGGGUGGCUUCGCCCUCACGCUCCAGGUGGACCCAGACGCCGUCAAGCCCAAGAAGAAGGGCCUGUUCCGAAGGGGGUCUCUCCUGGGGAAACUGAAGAAGUCUGACUCCCGUACUUCCUUAUCCAGCGUGAGGAGCAAGCUAAGCUUCCUGGGAGCGAGGAGCGAGUCAGCGUUGAGUUCAGCGGCCAGUGAUGUGGCCAGCGAUGCCAACUCUACCAUCAGUCUGGGAGAUGAGAGCCUAGCCGGGGCAGAGGAUUUCCCCCCUGUGGAGGCCGACAUCGAUGCCACCACCACAGAGGUUUACAUGGGGGAGUGGAAGAACGACAAGCGUUCAGGCUAUGGAAUAAGCGAACGUUCCAGUGGGCUAAAGUAUGAAGGCGAAUGGCUGGACAACCAGCGACACGGCUAUGGAUGCACUACCUUUGCGGAAGGAGGGAAGGAGGAAGGAAAGUAUAUGAACAACAUGCUGGUGAAGGCCAUGAAGAAGAGGGUUAUCCAACUGAAGGGCAGCAAGAUCAGGCAGAAAGUGGAGCGCAGUGUGGAGGGAGCUCAGCGGGCGGCAGCCAUCGCCAAACAGAAAGCAGAGAUUGCUGCCUCCAGGACGACCCAUGCUAAGGCCAAGUCAGAUGCUGCCGAUCAGGCUUCCCAGGCCUCCAACCAGGAGUCCAGCGUCGCCAGGGUGGUGGCCAGGGAACUGUCCCCUUCCUUCUAUCAGCCAGGCCCAGAGUACAUGAAAAAGAGAGCAUUACAGGAGAUCUCAGAGGCCAAUGAGCACACAGACCCUAUAAUGCAUGAGCAACUGUUAGCAGAGCAGCCACUGACACCUGCUGAAAGCCCAAUGCUGCACGACAGGCCUGGCUCCACUCCAGCCUGCACACUCCCCAGCCCGUCCAUCACCCCUCCAGCAUCCAGGCACUCCAAACAGGGCAGCAUCAGCAAAGAGGACUCCCAUCUACUCGGCCCUGCUGGCUGGAACGGGGACAAAGGUGGUGGAAGUCGGGGGAGCAGCCGUCCCAACAGCAGAACCAACAGCCGACCCACCACCCCCUCGUCCAAUGUGGCCACCACCACUGCUCCCCCUGAAGAGUGCCCCACUUCUGCCCCCAUCCUUAGCAGCCGGGGGAACUCCCGCGCCUCCAGCCGCCUGAGCAACAAGAUAGAGCAGGGCUCUGACCUGGAGAUCAAGCCCCUGGAGAAGACGGCCUCUGAGGCUAAAUUGUCCAACGCUACUCCCUUGGUAAGGACCAGUGUCACCUACUCAGAAGAAGAAGUCCCACCCCCUCAUCCCGCCUCCAAAGAGUCUUCCAAAGCUGCCGUCACCCCCGAGCUUAAUGAGGCAGAGCCCACACAAAGAACAGAGUCGGUCAAUGAACGACCAGUGUCCGCUGUAUCUGAGAGCAAAGCAGGGUCCAGCGCUCAGUCUGUUAAUAAAGUGUCACCCAAGCCAUCGCCGUCACCCAAGCCAUCGCCAAAACGAGAGGCCAGUCCGACUUCAAAACCUGUCACACCUGCACCCAAACAAGCACCUAAGGUUGAACCCAAAGCGGAGGCCAGGCUGAUGAAGAACAUGGUAAAGAGCCCAGGUACAAGUGAAGUUACAGAGCUAGACGAAUUUGAGCAGGGUCCGAACACCAUCGUGAUAACCAUGGUGAUUCUGCUCAACAUUGGCCUGGCCAUUCUCUUCGUACACAUCCUGUCAUGAAACUCUGUCGACCCAGGUCACCAGCUUGCAUUGGUGUUGAGGUAAGAUUGCCCACAUUUUUAAGCAAGGAUCAUCCAGAACAAAGAGACUACCAAGAAAUUCAACCCUUAUAUGGAAGGAAACUGACAACAGCUUCUCCACACACAGCCUCUUGUGACUGUGUUGAGGCUCUUGGAAUAUCUGGAGCCGAAUUGAAGGACUUAUGAAUCCUUAUGAAUCAAGACUGAAGGACAUCAAUGAAUCUGAAUGUCAGGAAGAGGGUCUGAAUGGACACUGUGCUUGUAAAGGGGGGAUCCACUGGUGAGUUUCAGUAUCUACACUGGAGAUGUUGUUGCAUGUUAUACACAAGUUAAGUCUACGCUCAAUGGCUUAACACUGACAGAUUAGAGUGGUUGGUGACUGGACAGGUGAGGUUGUGUUCACACAGUUAGCCCAAUUCUGAUAUUUUUUCCUCUAACUGGUCUUUUGACCAAUUAAAUCAGAUCUUUUCACAUCAGAUUUUUUUUUCUUCGAGAUGAUCUGAUUGGUCAAAAGACCAAUUAGUGAAAAAAAUAUCAGAUUUGGGCUGUCUGUCUAAACGUAGCCUAAGUGUCAUUAAAUAAUUAGUUAUGUAAUUAGAUAUUAAUUUAACUGAUAGCUUGCCUAUAGAAAUGUAGUCUCUUGGAAAAUCUCAAAUAAACUGAAUAUCCAUCA